CUUCUCCGCCGGCGGAGGCCAAGGUGAAGGAUGGCCGGGAGGACCGCGCGGCUGGUGCUGCUCGCCGGGGCGGCCGCACUAGCCAGCGGCUCCCUGGGCGACCGCGAGCCGGUGUAUCGCGACUGCGUACUCCGGUGUGAGGAGCGGAACUGCUCAGGGGCCGCACUGAAGCACUUCCGCUCCCACCAGCCAAUCUACAUGAGCCUAGCAGGCUGGACCUGUCAGGACGACUGUAAGUAUGAGUGUAUGUGGGUUACCGUUGGCCUCUACCUCCAGGAAGGUCACAAAGUGCCUCAGUUCCAUGGCAAGUGGCCCUUCUCCCGGUUCCUGUUCUUCCAAGAGCCAGCUUCUGCCGUGGCCUCUUUCCUCAAUGGACUGGCCAGCCUGGUGAUGCUCUGUCGCUACCGCACCCUUGUGCCAUCCUCCUCUCCUAUGUACCCCACCUGCAUGACCUUCGCCUGGGUCUCCCUCAAUGCUUGGUUCUGGUCCACAGUCUUCCACACCAAGGAAACGGACCUCACAGAGAAAAUGGACUACUUCUGUGCCUCCACCGUCAUCCUACACUCAAUCUAUCUGUGCUGUGUCAGGCCUGGUGAACUUGGUGUGGUGGCUGGCCUGGUGCUUGUGGAACCAGCAGCAGCUGCCUCACGUACGCAAGUGCAUGGUGGUGGUCCUGCUGCUGCAGGGCCUGUCCCUGCUGGAACUGCUGGACUUCCCACCUCUCUUCUGGGUCCUGGAUGCCCACGCCAUUUGGCACAUCAGCACCAUCCCCGUCCACGUCCUCUUUUUCAGCUUCCUGGAAGAGGACAGCCUGUACCUGUUGAAGGAAUCAAAGCUGGACUGAAGGCCCUGGGAGCGAGUCUGCCCUAUUGGGGAUUCUGCCCCCUCCCGCUGGCUCCUCUUUUCCCCAGUCCUUGAGAUGAUUUAUUUUUUGAACUUAGACCUGAAGGGUAUAGGCCCAGAAUCAUGUAACUGGCCCACUACCUUGCUCACCCCCACAUGGCCCUGACAGGUCUUGGCAUCUGUUUGGGCCUGGUCUCUGAGGAUCUGGGGCUAGAGGAUGGGUAGCCCCUCUGGUUUCUCAAUUGAACUGGGGUAGAACUGUGUUCUUAGCUCCACCAAGAGAAAGGCUGCCUCUACUUCCCCAUUAGUCACCUGCUCACACCCCCUCACUACCUGGAUGGUUCCCAGAGACCUCUGUCUCGCUGGGAGACAAAGUACCAGGCCUUCCUGGAUGUAGUGGGGUCCCCCUCGAUCAUCCCCUGUGCCCUCCUCCAGGGACCACUAGGUGGCACUAGACGCUUGCUGUUUGGCUGCCCACAUUUCAAGGCCGGUCUCAUUCCACCCCAUGGGAUCUUAAGAGACCAACCUGUUGGGACUGGGGAGCAGUCUCACUCUACUGACCCAACCAGACCCAUAGGAGGCCUCACCACACUCCCCCUUUGAGACCAGGACCCCAAAGAACCCAGGACAGAAAUCCCCCUGGCCCAUGUUUUUUUAAAUUGAUUUUAGAGAGAGAGGAAGGGAGAG